UAUUCAAAGGCAGGUUUCUUUUUGUUAUUUGAUCAAUGGCGGAGCCAAGGGUAAUCACGGUGUCACAAUGCGGCAGCGCCGACUACAAAACGGUACAGGAAGCCGUAGACGCGGUGGAACCCAAAAGCAAGACUCGAACAAUCAUUAGAGUGGCACCUGGUAUUUACAAGCAACCCGUUUUCAUCCCCAAGGACAGGCAGAUGAUCACCAUGAUCGGUUGUCGAGCUGAGCACACCGUUCUUACAUGGAACAACACCGCUACUAAAACCGAUCAUCACCUGGAUGAGAGUGUGAUUGGGAAAGGAACGUUUGCGUCUGGGAGUGUGAUUGUGGAAGGAAGCGAUUUUAUUGCUGAAAAUAUGUCUUUUGAAAAUAAUGCUCCAGAGGGUUCACACCAAGCUGUGGCAAUGAGGGUAUCAGGAGAUCGGUGUGCAUUCUAUAGUUGCCGAUUUCUGGGGUGGCAGGAUACACUUUACCUGCACAAGGGAAGACAGUACUUGAGAGAUUGCUAUAUCGAAGGAAACGUGGAUUACAUUUUCGGAAAUAGUACAACUCUCUUUGAACACUGCCAUCUCCACUGCAAGUCACCUGGUUUCGUCACCGCCCACAAACGUGGCACUGCCGAGGAAACCACCGGUUAUGUGUUCCUGAGGUGUGUGUUAACUGGCAACGGAGAGACGGGGUAUGCAUACCUAGGGCGGCCAUGGGGACCCUUUGGAAGGGUGCUCUUUGCCUACACUUUCAUUGAUAACUGCAUCAAGAAGGAAGGUUGGAAUAACUGGGAAGAUCCUGAAAAGGAGAAGAGCGCUUGCUUUUACGAGUUCAGAUGUUUCGGACCAGGAUCUCAUAGGAACGAACGGGUGGCUUGGUCCAAAGAACUGAACGACCAAGAAGCAGAAGAAUUCCUCGUACAUAAAUUCAUCGACACUGACCCAAACAAGUCUUGGCUUUGUCAGAAAAUGGGCCACAGAGUCCCAGUUAAUGCCUAGAACUCACUGCCGCAAGCUUGCCUGAGUUGAUAAUAAAUGCUUUGGUGAAGUUUUGCCCUUUAUAUAUUGGAAUAAAACCUUCCUCUGCGGCCGUUUUAAGCUUAGUCUUAAGGCGCUAGGAAUAUUACUCAAUGCUUUGUUUAGCAUCGAAGAUCUCUGUUUAGACCAACUUUAUCCUAAUAAAGUUCAAGUUUUUCCA